UUUCUUCCCCAACUCCAAUCUUUUCCAUGGCUAGAUUCACAAGUUCAACCAUUAAUUCGCUGUAUGAAGUUCUUGUCAAGGUGAAAGAUGAUGCACCAAAUUGUCCUUCACAAAUGAAAAGGAAGUGUGGUCCAGAGAAAGACUAUGCCUGGUUCUUAGAAGACGAUUUUAAUAUCGAUUGCUUCAAUGAAGAAACGAGCUACCUCAAGGUAGGUCGACUUUUGGGAAUCACUCAAUGGGCAUCACUCCUUUUACUUUUAGCUUUUCUCAUUUGCACACUUUCCAUAUCCGAGUUGAAAGUGUUGGAUAUAUGGGAUGUUGCUAUAUGGAAAUGGGAACUACUCAUCCUAGCGAUUAUUUGUGGGCAGUUGAUCGCGGGUUUGGUUGUAGAAAUUGUUGUCUUACUAGCAGAGUCUAGUUUUCAUUUGAGAAUUGGUUUUUUGUAUGUCGUGUAUGGGAUAAAGCAGUCGGUCCAAAAUGUCGUUUGGUUGAGUUUAGUCAUGAUUGCAUCACAUUUUAUUGUGGAAGGCAAGGAUCGGGUUCCCAAUAUUUUAAGGAAAGUGAUGUUAUGUUUGCUAGUUGGAACAUUUAUGUGGCUUCUAAAAACGAUCAUAGUUAAGGUUCUUGCGUCUUCUUUCCAUUUGAUAUCAUUUUUUAGACGGAUUAGAGUGUCUUUAUACAAGCAAUAUGUGAUUAAGAAGCUCGGUGGGGAUCUAGUCAAGGGUAGAAAUCAAGAGGAUAUGUGUCGGGAGGUAUCUAGGCAGGUGCUUGGAGCGAAAAAAGUCACGGCGUUUAAAGUAAAAAGGAUGAUUGAAAUUGUACAAGCUGGAGAUUUACCUUGUUUAUCGACUGUAGAUGAGGAUCUACCCAUUCGUUCUGAUGAGGAGGACGAGGAUGAGUGUUCAUUGCGAGCCAAAUAUGAAGAAGUAAAACAACUUGCUCGUAAUAUUUUCAGCAAGGUGGCUCAACAGUCACAGUCUAUCACCGUUGAGGAUCUGAAGAACAGGUUAGGGGAUGAUAAAGUUACAAAACCGCAAGAGUUGUUUGCCGGAUCAAUGUGUAAAGCGGAAAUAACUGAGGAUGGUUUCAUUCAUUGGAUGAUGGAUGCAUAUACAGAAAGGAGGAGACUUGCUUUAUCUGUCAACGACACAAAAACAGCUGUGGAUGAUCUCCAUCGUAUGAUGGAUGCAAUCGUAGCUAUCAUGAUAUUGGUAACUUGGCUUAUAAUGUGUGGUGUUCCAAUUACUCAGUUCUUGAUAUUUGCCACAACCCAACUGGCAUUAGCAGUAUAUGUGUUUGGUAACACUGCCAAGACAGUACUUGAGUCGAUUAUAUUCUUAUUCAUAUUGCAUCCUUAUGAUGUUGGUGACCGAUGUGAAGUUGAUGGCACACAGAUGAUAGUAGACGAGAUGACUAUUUUGUCGACAGUGUUCAUGAGACGUGACAACCAAAAAAUAAUAUACCCGAAUAGCAUUUUAGCCAACAAAUCAAUUGGUAAUUACAGCCGUAGUCCUGCAAUGGGAGAUGAGAUAGAAUUUUCCGUUGACAUCUCUACUCCAUGGAAGAAGAUUGAGGAAAUGAAGAAAGAGAUCAAAGAGUAUUUGAGCAAAAAGAGCGAUUAUUGGUUUGAUGAUGCAGUAAUAGUUGCGAAAGGCAUGGAAAACAUGAACAGGCUGAACAUGGUUUUGUGGCCUAAACAUGUUGUAAACCAUCAUGAUAUGACACAACGAUGGGAAAGGAGAAGCCAAUUGAUCGUAGAGAUGAUAAAAGUGUUUAGAGAGCUCGGCAUUGUAUGCAAAUUGCCUCCUCUCGAUGUGAAUGUCAACAACACUGGAUCCGUUAUCUCUGAUAUGCCUCCAUAUACUUGAAAUAUGUGCUACUACUAUGUCGUUUUUACGCUUGAUCACAAAAAUAAAUAUAUGCACCCUUAUAGGUCUCAUAAGGUAAAUGAAGAGGUCAAGUUUGGUGCUACUAAAACAUCUAUUACCUACUUAUAGAAAAGAUUUUUACUAUAUAAUAGCUACAUUGUAUUAAUAAUUUCAUUGUAAGUUCCAGUGGUAAAAAUGAUUUGCCGACUUGAACGCCGUCCCAAUAUUGUACAUGAAAAAUCUCAAGUAAUUCUUAUAGUUGACGUGUUUGGAAA